AGUCUAUGUGUUUUAAAUAGCAAAUAAUUUUGUUUAAAUUUUUAAUUAAAUAUUGCAAAUUUUGCCAACUUUUUUGCUCAAAAAAAAAAAAUAUUUAAAAAAGUUAUUUUGUUGUUGUUGUUGUUUUUGGAAAAAAAUAAUAUAUUUAUUUUUGUUUUUGAAAAAAAUAGUAGUCCUAAUUAUUAAUUAUGCCAAAUAAAAAUAAUAUUUUAUAUUCAAAUGAUAAACCAUUUGAAAGUCCCAUCAAAAUAGUUGGCGCCUAUUUAUGGGACAAACUAAAUAAAUUAUCAGAUGAUCUAGUUUGUUUGAUCGACGCACGUACUGAUGAACGACUAACAAUUGGUGAACUGAAAACACGUGCAAACAAUGUAUCGAUGGCUCUCAUUGGCCAAGGGGUCACCAAAGGGGAUAGGAUUGCAUUUUCCGGUCAAAACUCUAUACAACAUGCAAUCUUGAGGUUUUCAGCUAAACUAUUGGGCCUAACAUUUAUGCCAUUGAGUCCUACAUUUGAGAGCUACGAAGUCCAACAAGAGGUCCAGAGCGCCGGUACUAACAUUAUAGUCACAUCCAGUGAAGACUAUCGUAAGUUUCAACGUGUUUUCGACGACAACACCAGUAACAGGAAUCCCGUCGUAAAACUUGUUGUCGUAUUUGAUGGCGAACUACAAUCAAGACAACAACAACAUCAGGAUAUCAAACAUAUAAUAUAUGGACAGUUGUUAGUCGAGGGUAGUAGUGGUCAACAAUUACCGCAAAUACCCUACUAUGAGGUCAACACCGAUACGGAUCCAUUGUUUCUGAUACAUACGUCCGGUAGUACUGGCCGUCCAAAGUGUGCAAUGAUACCGCACCGUACGUUCAUUGGUGCGGCACAGGAGACAACAUUUUUCCUGUCCUUACAUAACAACAAUAAUAAUGACAACAACAACAACAACACUGCGGCUAAAAACAAGCAAACUGUAUGCGCAAUGCCCUACCCGUGCGGCCAUAUAUCGGGCACCUGUAUGAUACCGUUGCAACUGAUAUCCGGAGCCCAGUUGGUCAUAAUGGGCGAGUUUGAUGAGGACCUACUGUUCCGGUCUAUUGAAAAAUAUCGGAUCCAAAUAUUGCCGGCGUUUCCCAGUUUCGGUCGGCGGCUGAUUGAAGGCGAUUCCGCCCAACUGUACGAUCUGUCGAGUCUGCAGCUGAUGAGCACCGGCGGGGCCGCCUUUCCCGGACAUAUUGCCCAACAAAUUAUCGACAAAUAUGGUAUCAAAUUUAAGGAAGCAUACGGUAUGACUGAGUUUCUAUGGGUAAGCACUGGUAGUAAAAUUAACGACAAAUUUGAAUCGGGUAAUGUGGGUCAAGUGGCACCGGGAUGUGAGCUGAAAAUUUGCGAUUUAUCUACCGGUCAGCCAUUGUGUCCAAAUCAAGACGGAGAGAUAUGUAUUAGAGGUAACAAACUGUUUAUGGGUUAUCUGGAUAGCGAUGACCGGAUAAAUCGUGAGGCCAUCGAUGAGGACGGUUGGUAUAGGACUGGCGAUAUCGGUCACUACGACCAAAGGGAACGGCUGUUCAUUACGGAUCGGCUGAAAGAAGUGGUUCGUAUAGGUAUUGACAAUCACUAUAUCAAUAUGAGUCCCGUUGAAAUCGAAAUGUUUGUGUUGACUCAUCCGGCCGUCAGUGAGGUAGCCGUUGUCGGUGUCAACAACUCGGCCGGUACUCAUUGGCCGCGAGCUUAUGUAGUCCGCAAACCGGGACAUACAGUUACCGGCGAUGAUAUUGUCAAGUUUGUUGCAGAUAUGUUAGCCUAUACUAAACAAUUGAAAGCCGGUGUUGUGUUUGUCGAUACCAUUAAUCGGACAUCCAUUGGGAAAGUCGACCGAAAAUACUAUAGAAAUUUAGUUAAAAAUGAAAUAUUUGAUUAUAAAUAAAUAAAAUUAAUUUUUCAUAUAAAUAUUUUUGUUUAU